AUGUCGUUCGAUUUCUUCAACCAGAACGCGGUGCAGCCCGGCGGUGGCCCCGAGCUGGGCCCAAACGGCGAAGAGAUCCUCAUCGACGUUCAGUGCGGACGCAUCAACGUCGAGGGUAAGACCAUGAAGCCCGACGACCGCAAGGGAAAGCUUCGGAUCUGCAAGGCCACCGACGGUCUGACCCACCUGAUGUGGGGCACGCGCGCGGAGGGCAUGCCCUACAACCCCGAGGACGACUUCAUCAUCUUCCCCCAGGAGGCGGAGAUGAAGUUCAUCCCCAAGCCCGGAUGUUUCGUCAUCAAGUUCCCCGACGACGCCAGCCGCAACAUGUUCUUCUGGUCGCAGGAGCCCGCGGGGAAGAUCGAGGACGACAAGCUCGUCGCCGACGUCAACGCGGCGCUCAACGGCGAAUCCCCGGAAUCGGCGAACGAGCAGGCGCAGCUCAUGCAGAUGCUCGGCGACGCGGGCGGCGCGGGGCUGGCGGCGCGCGAUCCGAGCGGAGGACCCGUCGCGGCGAGGGCCCAGGCGGUGCGAGCCGCGCACGAAGCGGCGAACUCGGCCCUUUCUUCGGGGGCGGAUGAGACCCCGGCGGUGAACGCGAACGCCGUCCCGGAGACGCCCGCCGCGCCCGCCAAGGGACCCGACCCGUCCGCGGGUACCGCGGUUCCACCCUCGGUGGUCAACGCGGAGGCGCUCAGGGCGGCGCUGGGCAGCGUGGGCGCGACGCCGUCUUCAACCCCGGGCGCGGGUGCCAUCGACGCUGCUGCGAUGGCGGCGGCGCUGGCGGGCGCCAACAGGAGGGCCGCCGGCCCCGGCCUGUCGGACGUUCUCACUCCGGACGCGGUCGGUGAGUUACUUCGCAGCGAGGACGUGCGCCAGAGGCUGAUGGAGCACCUGCCGGAGGAGCACCGAUCGACGCAGGACCUCGAGGAGCUCCUUCGGACGCCACAGUUUCAGAGCCAGCUCGAGAGGUUCAGCCACGCGCUGCAGAGCGGCCAGAUGGACCUGGCGCAGUUCGGACUCAGCCCUGGCGCGGGUUUCAGCGUUGCCGAUUUCCUCUCCGCGAUCCAGAAGCAGGUGGAAGAGAAGGAGGGAGGCGACGCGAUGCAAGAGUAGACGGGACAAACGAAUCGUUUGUUUUCUGAGACGAGCGGGAACGUGUUC